AUGAAUAACUUUGAAGACACAAUAGCACAAUUGUGCUUGAACAAAUAUCAUUCAUUAAAAAAAACUGGCAAACCAAUUGCAACAGAAUGGACUGUAUUAUCAGGAAUUGUUAUGAAAAAUAAUGAUAAUAAUUUAAAAGUUAUUGCACUUGCAACUGGUACAAAAUGUCUAGGAAUUAAUGAAUUAAUUGAUAAUAAAAUUAACAUUGGUAAUAGAUUGCAUGAUUCACAUGCUGAAGUGUUAACAAGACGUGCCUUUUUACGUUAUUUAUACAUUGAAAUUGAAAAAUUAUUAAAUAAUGAAAAUAAUUUAUCUGAUAUAUUCAUAUUAAAUACAUAUAAAAAUAUAAUUGAAUUAAAAAAUGGUGUAUCAUUUCAUUUUUAUUGUAGUCAAACACCUUGUGGUGAUUGUUCAAUAAUUCCCAUUAAUUAUACUAAUUUAUUAAAUGAUGAGGUUGAUAUUGAUGUCAAUGGAAGAGAAAUAGGCUAUCAAGAGACUGAAAUAAUACAAGAUCUACAUAGAACUGGUGCAAAAUGUAUUGUUGAUGAUAAAAUACAAGAUCCAAAAUUACCUGGUGUUAAUUAUCAUGCUAUUGGUCCACUAAGAACAAAACCAGGUCGUGGUGAUCCAACAUUAAGUCUAUCUUGUUCUGAUAAAUUAGCAAAAUGGAAUAUUGUUGGUAUUCAAGGAGCCUUGUUGUCAAUAUUAAUACCAAAAAUAAAACUUGAAACAAUUGUCAUUGGAGGAAAUUGUCCUUUUUCAAUUGAAUCCAUGAAUAGAGGUAUUUUCAAAAGAUUUUCUACUGAAAUAUCUGCUCCAAUAAUUUUACAAUCAACCUUGGAAUUUGAGCAUAUUAAAAGUGAUGAAAGACACCAUCCUUGUCCAUCUAGCGUUAUCUGGUGUCACGUUAAAAAUCGACAUACUGAGGUUGCUGUUGAAGGACGUAAACAAGGUGCAACAAAGAAAAAUAAAUGUAAUUUAUUAAUAACAAGAAAAGAAUUGCUUCAUCAAUUUUUAAAAAUUAUUGAUAAUUCAAAUUUAAAAAUAAUUGAUAUUCCUAAACACCCAAAAAUAUUAACAUACUAUGAUUAUAAACAAUUGUCAAUUGAUUAUCAAAAAACAUGGAAAGAAUGUAAGCAAAGAUAUUUUGAAAAUUGGCCAUCAAAACCAAUUGAUCUCCAACAGUUUUUAUUAUAA